AUGUUGACAGGAAGACUUGGAGAAACACACCUUGUCCAGAGUCCAUUGUAUGCAUCACCAUUUCCACAGUCGGACCGUGGACUUGGUACAUUCCCAAACGUUCCGCCGGCAUCGUCAGUGAGUCUCGCCACUCUUAGCACCACACAACAACUCGUCAAAGAGACAAGUGAAGCCGAUCCUUUGACCAAUUAUCCGUCUGCUCUCUCGCUGGUUCACCUAUUUCACUCGACCCCUGCCACUCCGUUUGUGCCCCACGAGGCGUUAUUUCCCAAACUCUGCCUCUGGGAGACCAACUUUUGGUUAAGGACUCCGACUAAUCGUCAUGGUCAAGUCUUUGCUUCCUGUACCACGUUUAUGGUCAGACAGGACUACAGUCAGCCAACUAGCUCCAGUCUACGCCGCGUCUAUCCCGUUUCUAUCCAUACAACCAAUCGUCUUCUUUUUGCUGAUCUUUCUGUUGCCUGGUCUUCGCUGAUCCUGCUUUCUUCAAGUCUUCUGUUCCUUAGAUUUAUCUUGAUCCGUACAUCGACAGCCUCUCGGAUCUUGCGUGUUCUCGUAUUUCCACCAAAUGCAGCCAACCUUUCUGACGAUUUCCAGUCAAUUUCGUGUCCCGUUCGUGCAAUGUGUCCGGCUAUUUCGUAUCCUUCCGUAUCCAUGCUCCUGCAUAGUCUUUGA